AUGCUUCCUGAUCCAGAUGGGUUACUUACGGACAAUGCUAUCUCUAGAUGCCACGUGAACAUCGAAUACUUUGGCUCUGCAACUGUAAUCUGUCCACGUAAAGUCGAUGGCACCGAGUAUGUCUUGCAUCCUCGACCGAAUUCGUAUGAAAAAUCCGACCUCAACACUUACGUGGGUCAUGAUGGUGGAUUUCGUUCCGUUAAUCUUAACAAAGUAAUCGUGACAGAUACCCCAGCUGAAUUUGCAUCAGUGGUAUUGGAUCAGUCGCAAACAACCAUACAUAUAAAUUUGUCAGUCGUCGGACUCUUUCACAUGAAUGAGCGCCGUCUGAUGUUCAUCUGUGGACCUCGAGAUUUGGAUUUUACUAAUGCAUUGCAACGUCAACUUGAUCGCCUCAACCGCGCCAUCCAUAUGGAAGAAAUACCUUGGGAGCCAACAACAGCGUUGACUGAGGAGAUAAAGAAAGUAGGAGGUGGAUUGGGAGUCUUUUUCCUAUACAGAGGGAACGCGCAUCUGCCACUGCAGGGUUGUGGGAGCCGUCCUUCUCCACUAUUUGCAGCCCAUCAUGAGGCUACUGCAGAUGACACCAGUGAAGUAACUUCAUGUGUGGUGGAUCCCAUGACGGAGUCACGUAUCGGAUUUCUUUGCGAGGGCCGUCUUGAACCUGAGGAUUGUAUGAAAUGCCUUAUUGACCCAAACGGCGAAAACGUAAUACCUCCUACGCCGCACUUGUAUAUGGAAUUCGAUCACAAUAGACCUUGGGUAGUGGCCAAAUAUUUCAAAGGAUUUGACCUGCCGCCAUUCGGUGGAGAAUGCAGAUGCAUCGAUCCCGAGACAGGUGACGUAAAGGCAAAGAUAGAGAUACGUACUAAAACAGAUUACGUUUGUGACAUUGCCAGCAUGAUAUUCCGCAAUCGGGUGCGACCCAUCAGUGGACAUUGGUGUUCGGUGGUACUUCAUCCAGGCAGCACAUUGACCAUAAGGUUUCCCGCACAGGCUGUGGAUACGGGGCCCUCCGACAAUAAUUCAUCAGCUAGUCUAGUCUUUAAGAGGGCUCCCAAGUAUUUAUUCAAGACCGACAUCUCGCCGAAAGACCUGAACAUGCUGCGGCAACUUAAUACGAUAUACGAAAUUGAUGUUUACGACGAAAUCUUGCACCACAAAGUUAUUGCCGGCGACGCUCUCGAGUUAGAUGUAUCCCAAAUAUUACGGGGUGAAAUGAAGCUGACGUAUCAUCCGGGCAAGCCCCUCGCAUUAAUAGCUGGCACAAACUCGUUCUUUUUCCACUGGAUACUGAAGGCUAUAAAUAAGUAUACAUUUAAAAGCAUAACUGCCGCUGUGAACAUCUCGUUUGCGUUUACGCAUAAUUACAGGAUUUUAGGGUGCGAAAGUGGUGCAGAAAGCGUAUUCGACCCUGACAUCAGCAGGACGCAUUGUUCGACCAAAUCCAUGGGAAAUGGAAUAGGUAAUGUUUACGAGUGUACUUUCCCCAUUGAGUGGGGCAAUUUGAACACUGGAAUUCACUGCCAACCAGAUGGGGAAUUGUUACCCAAUAACUGUGAGUCCACAGGAUACGACCUGUACUCAAACAGCAUUAUUCUAUCACCUGAACCUGUCUUCGACAUUCAAUUGAACGACGAUACCCCUAUCAGUUAUGCCUGCGUAUGUGUCGACCAAUUUGGAUACGAAACCUCUAGACUUAUUCUAGAGCGAAACAAAGAGUACUAUCAUACCUAUCAUGUCUUCCGCCAAGAGGAUGCCUUUACUUUCCCCCCUUACGUGCUGAUCCCCUGGAGCGAUGCGGACUUAUCGAGUGACGGGCUUUCUGUACCUAAAUCGCCUAUGAUUCGAAACAUAUCGCCGGAAACAGUUAUACUACAUGUGGGGACAAGUCUGUUCAUGCAUUGUUAUCCCGGGGAGCAGAAUGUUGGAAAUAAUGAAAGGAUAACAACUACAUGGCUUCCCAGAAGGUUUGAAUUGUUUUAUUACAGCAUUAACGAUACGCUUCACGGAUAUGAGCUUACACGUAACAAAUACGAAAAUUCAAUAUCUACCACUCCAGGUGCCUUGGAUUUUACAUAUUUGACUAUUGGCGGAACCACUGUGUAUCAAACAAUGGUGCUCACAUCUCAUAGAAGUGCCAUUAUUAUAUCUAAGCACACGACUCACAAGCAAUUUGUGCCCAUUACAUUUGUAUGCGGCAAGACGCCCGAAACAUCGGACUUGUCCGUCACUGACGAUGUGACCACCACAAAAGAUUAUCCGCGUUCUGGUUCGGAUGUAAUGGAAUUGUCAAAAGGAUAUACGUGGAACGUAGUUAAAAUUUACAUCGAAACCACAGACCCGUAUAUGCAGGGCUGCGGUGUUACGUCCUCAUCCGAUAAGUUGUUCAAGCCUGAAACACACAAAUUAUACGACGACAAUGGACAGGAAAUCGGCUGCAUGAUUGACCUUCAAUUCGCACGCAAAGCGGCUUUCUACUGCCCAGUACCGUACGUCCUAGAACCAUCCUAUUGCUUCGACGAAGUGUUAGUGGAUGGAAUAAUCAAAAACAUAAGCGAGAUUAGUCAGUCGUUAGUAGCAUCUCGAACUAAUCAUUUUGUCACACUGAAGUUCGAUAACAAACUCGUAGGAGCUGGCGAAACGCUGCGCCAGACGCCGCCGUUGGAGUGUCGCUGCGUCACCAUCAAGGGGGUCAUUUUAUCCACCAUCCAGAUCGAGAACUACUACGCCAAGUAA